UGAACGAGAGGGAGAGCGGGGCCAGGGUGGGAAGGGGCGCCGAGGGAGAGGGCGCUGCUGGUCGUCACUGCUGGCCCGCACCGACACUCCUCAGUGAACAUGGCGGCCACCGACAAGCAGGACGGGGUCGGGGCAGCGCAGGGAAGGAGGAGCAAGUCGAAAAAGAAGAAGAAGACAAACAAAGCCAAAAAAGACAAGCCUGAUGUUGGGGUGGCAGUGGUUAAUGGGGAGUCUGAGCCCAGCACCAGCAAUAUUGCCAAGGCUGACACGGUGACUACGGACGGUGUGAGGGCAGAAGAACAGGUCCUGCAGCACAGCCCCAUGGGGAUCCCACAGGUGGAGCAGUACAUGAGGAAGAUGCAACUGCAAGAACAGAAGGAGUUUCUCUUCUGGAACACACAGCCAGUUCCAAAAAUUACUGAAGACAUUGGAGAAGAUGUAAAUGAAGCAAUUGAGGCAGAAAAAGAUAUCUCGGAGAUCAAGCAAGAGCCGUACAACCUUCCCGAUGGCUUCUUCUGGGAUACGUUAGACUUGCAGAAUCCUGAGGUGCUGCAAGACCUCUACCACCUGUUGAAUGAAAAUUAUGUAGAGGAUGAUGACAACAUGUUCAGAUUUGAUUACAGUCAAGAGUUUUUGAGGUGGGCCCUCAUGCCUCCUGGCUGGAAGCAUCCCUGGCAUGUCGGUGUAAGAAUUUCCAAAAGCAAUAGACUAGUCGGGUUUAUAUCUGCUGUUCCUGCCAAGAUCAGGAUAUACAACCAUCAACAAGAGAUGGUUGAAAUUAACUUCUUGUGUGUGCACAAAAAGUUGAGAUCUAAACGUUUGGCACCAGUCUUAAUUAAGGAAAUCACCAGGAGAGUCAACCUCACAGGUAUCUUUCAGGCAGUGUACACAGCCGGUGUGCUUUUACCCCGGCCGAUGGCUUCCUGUCGUUAUUGGCAUCGAUCUCUCAAUCCCAGAAAGUUGAUAGAAGUAAAGUUUUCUCAUCUAGGCAAGAACAUGACCAUGCAGCGCACUCUUAAACUCUAUCGUCUACCCUCCGACACAGCUACUAGAGGCUUCAGACGCUUAAAACCCCAGGAUGUUGAUUCCUGUCAUCGGCUGUUGGCAAACUACCUCAAGAGGUUUGACUUAGCGCCGGUGUUCAGCAGAGAACAGUUUGUCCACUGGUUCCUCCCUCAAGACAAGAUCAUUGACAGCUAUGUGGUGGAGACAGGUGGAAAGGUGACAGACUUUGUGAGCUACUACACCCUACCAUCCACUGUGAUGCACCACCCAACCUACAAGACACUGAAGGCUGCUUACUCCUUCUACAACGUGUCAUCAUCCACCCCCUGGAAGGUCCUCAUGAAGGAUGCACUCAUCACUGCCAAAAAUGCUGACUAUGAUGUCUUUAAUGCACUUGACCUGAUGGAGAACUCAAAAUUUCUGGAGGAGUUGAAGUUUGGACAAGGUGAUGGCAACCUACAGUAUUACCUGUACAACUGGAGGUGUCCAAAAAUGUCUCCAGAAAAGGUAAUUAUUUUGUAGUGUUCAAUUAGUCAGCUAGCAAAGUGGCUAUUACGUGAGAGUUGGGGUUGGGUUAGGAGAAUGGCUUGGUGAAUUAUG